AUGGCACUCCAAACGGGCCCAAUAACCGUAACAGACCCCAUAUUACGAAUACUAUGGAACGUGUUAUUGGACCUUCAACACUGCAAGGCGCGCAUACGACUACAAUUUAUAUUUGGCCACUGUGGCAUUGCAAAGAACGAGGCAUGCGAUAAGGAAGCCGAGACGGCCUCUGACCUACCNGUGGCGAACGUUGCUGGCGCUUGGCUUCCCCCGACAAUACGGGGUACUGGACCUUGGUACCACGAUGAGGUGGCCGGCAUCACCAAGGAGUUGCGCUGGCGAAACGUCACAUCCGCAGCCAGCUGCCCAAACCAUCCACCCACCGCUCCAGCAUCACCGGCCAUUGGAACCCGAGACGCAAUGACCCCAGCUUAA